UUAUUUUUAAAAAUGAAAUUAUCCACACUAUUACAGCAUAGGAAUGAUGAUGAAUGAUGACUUUAAUUAUAGUUAUUUCUCAUUAUAAAUUAUUCGGAGUUGUCAGUGACAUUUUGAAAAUUUCUUUAUGGCAAAUGGUGACAUAUUUCUAAAGAAUGCAUCUCAAAAACCGGGGUACUAGAACUUCAGAAAUUCCUAGAACUUAACUUGUUUAAAUCCCUAAAUUAUCUCCAUAAUUCCAAAAUCGAUUGAGACUACCAAAAACUAUUUCCAUAAAUCUCUUAAAGAUAGUUGAAAGAGAGAGAUCUUCAAAAAUCUUAGAAUUUUCUCGAAUUCAUGAACAGGAAUAGAUUCAGUAAAAUCGAUAAAAUUCUUCCCAACUUACUUAUCCCAAUUUUUCGCGAUAUCGUUAUCGACGACUCCGUAAAGUAAACACUUUUGAAGAGAAAGAUGUCGUUUUCCGAAAAUGUCAUUAAAACGUCGUUUUACGAAACUACUUCGACAUUAUCCGAAUCGCCGAUUAUCCAAAAUACUCCCGCUAAAUUUCAGUCGACCGGGUUUACACCUGACAAAGAUUACGUUCGUUACAUUUACACCCCCGAGGUUUACAAGUACCCUUACAAAUCUGAACUAGAUUGCCUCAACAGCCAGCUUCCCCAAGCCUACCACUUGGAAAAACCAUAUUGCAACGCCUCUUACGAUUCUAUCCUAUGCUGGCCUCCCACCAAAGCGGGCGUUUUGAUUAUGCAGUCCUGUCCCCCUCUCAAGGGCAUUGACCAAUCAAAAUAUGCAUUUCGUAAGUGUUCGUUCACCGGAACUUGGAUAGAUAAAUACCCUACUAGCACGUCGACGAAGGGUUGGACGAAUUACACCCUUUGCUUGAAACCGGAGGCGAGCGAGCUCCUCAACAAAGUUAAACCACGAUUGGAUCUAUUCUCGAGCGUUACUCACGGAGCCAGGAUCAUGGAAAUGGUUGGAUUAAGCCUGUCGCUCAUAUCCCUAAUAGCGGCCAUCACGAUUUUCUUCAGUUUCAGGAAUUUGAGGAAUGACCGAACAAAGAUUCACAGGCACCUUUUCAUAGCCAUGAUAAUACAAGUAUUAAUUCGAUUGAUUCUAUAUUCCGACCAAUACGCCACUAAAUCUAUCUACAUGAGCGACGUUACUGUUAAAUCUUCCGGACAUAAAGGCAUAGAUAAUACGGAGAUAUUAUGCGAAACGUUUUACAUAUUUCUCGAAUACGCUAAAACCGUUCUUUUCAUGUGGAUGUUGGUGGAAGGGUUCCAUCUGCACAACAUAAUCGUUGCCUCCGUCUUCGAAUCCAAACCCAACAUGUGGAUAUUUAACUCGAUUGGCUGGGGUGUUCCACUGAUCUUGACUGGCGUUUGGGCCGGAAUAUUUUCUAGAGUCCAAAAUAAAUCCAGCUGUUGGUACCUAUAUUCGUUUUCCAAAUACUAUUGGAUCCUGGAAGGUCCAAGAUUAGCAGUUAUCAUAGUUAAUCUUAUCUUUUUGCUCAACAUAAUACGAGUUCUCGUUUCAAAACUUAGGGAUACGCGUUCUACGGAGGCGGAACAGGCUAAGAAAGCCGUGAAAGCCGCCAUUGUCUUGCUACCCCUCUUGGGUAUAACCAACAGCUUGAACCUGGUUCCGACCCCAUGGAAUACUGCACUUUUCAUCAUUUGGACAUAUGGAGCUUAUUUCUUGAUUUCCUUCCAAGGAUUCUUCGUUUCACUCAUAUACUGCUUUUGCAAUCAAGAAGUUGGGGAUACUCUACGCGCAGCUUGGAAAAGACGGUCUUUCAACAAGAAUCAUCAAAACGCAAGAGGAAGUGAAGGCUCCGUUGUAUCGAGACAUUCGAUCGUUGGAAGCGAUCAUCCGAGUGGACAACAUCGAUUCGAGAGUAUAACUAUCCCUUUAAGAGGAUUAAACAGUGCCAUUCGGACAUCAUCCAAUCCAUCGGCUCUCAAAGGAAGUUUUUGCUCGGGAAAAUGGGGAGGUGGGAUAAACACGACCUCCCGUUCGAUAAGGAAGGCCCUAUCCCUCCCAGAUCAGCGUCGGUCUACAAUAGCCGGUACAUUGAUUUCGAGAUUACGCAAGCUUCGUCCCUCACAAGACCACAUAAGGGGCACCAAAAUGGGAACCUUAUUUCCGGACCUGGUCACAACGACGGUAAAAACGGGCUCGAAGAAGCGAGCAGUCGCUUCUGCAGGGCUAGGUCCGAGCCCCUCGAUAUUUACCAGGUUAAAGCGAAUAGUAACGGGACAAACAAACUUAUCCAGCCGAAAAAAUCGCAACUCCCCACCUUUUAUUGAAGGAGGAGGAAGAGGAAGUAGUCUUAAUUUUGACGCCGCGUCUUGUACUAGGCCUCUACUAAUUAGGGGCGGAAGUAUCGCCUAUGGGAAUAAAAUCGAUGUUUCAGAACCAGAUUCAGGUGAUAUGGUAGAUUAUAAUAUAUUCGAGGAGAUGAAUGACAAGGAGCCUCGAGAAAGCGAUUGUAUCGUAACACAACAUCCUUUGGAUGAAGGCGGAAAGCGUUUCAUUGAAGGGGGUCCUUCGCCACUAAAUUAUAUAAAAUCCCAACAAUCCCAUUUACCGAGAUCUAACUUAUCAGAUGAAAGUAAUAAAUUGGUAACUAAAGAUCGUCCGUGCAAGUCAUCACCGAUAUUUAACGUCAUCGCGCGAAAAAUAAAAAACGGGAACGAUUCGCUUAUUCGUAAAAUUUAUAAUCUACAACUACCGGAAGCUAACAGAAAGAAGAAAAUCUGGAUUCGGCCAUGUAAUAAUGCGUGUGACAAGGCCGAUCUCAUAAACGAUGAUAAAGAAACUCUUUCAACCAGCUCAAUCACGGGUGAUACCAUUCCUCCUCAAUCUCCCGGCCUUCCCCAUGGGUCGUCAAAUUUUAACAGACCUUCGCAUAACAAUGAUUACGCUACAAAAGACAUCUUAAACGCUGAUAGAUCCUCCAUGGUUUCCCUGCCUACUUUUUAUUUUUCGUCUUGUCCCUUGGUGGCUAACAUUUUAAAAAACCCGGUUAAAUUUUCUCGGCACAAUGCCCAUAGCUCUUUGCCCAAUUUGAAACGGAAGGUGCACAAACCAUGUGAUUUGAAUAAUAAAUUCGAUUGCUCGAUAAAAAACCGAAAUACCUCGGAGAACAAACAGGGAACCACCUACCAGGGCGUCCGGGUUUACGAGAUGCCUGGGUGGACAGGUUAUUACAGGGGUGUCGGGGAAACUACUCUCUAUUUCGAAGAAGACCUCAAAAAGAUAAAAAAUGGCGGUUCUGCCGAGACCGCUUUCACUUAUAUAUCUAACACCCCUACACCUAGUCCACAAUGAUUACAUUUCUACAACCCCCCCCCCCCCUCCCCAAAUAGUAUUCUAUUAUUUUGAAGAAAUAAAAACUCAACAUUUAAAUGUUUCCUCAUCAUUACAAUUACCGAUUUUGUAUUUAUUUAUUGUCAUAUUUAUAAAGUCUGAAUUUUGUGUUAAUAAACCCGAUGGAAUUUUAAUAUAUAAUGUCGAAAAAUUAAAUAAAAUUGUACAUUUUUUAUUUUAAUAAUUAAUUUAAAUUUUAUUUUAUUUUUUUAAAU